AUGUCUGACCACACAGUCCGUCUCAAGAGCACCCCAGUCAAACCGACGAAACCACCUCCCAUCAAUAGGAAGGAAAUGUCUGCGUUUCACCUCCCACCCAAUUCUCUCAUUCCCAACACCGACUUCUGUCGAACUUGGCUCAAUGUGCACGACGUGAUUAAGGAACUCGUCCUCGAUAAGAAGCUACAAAAACUUGCCAAGGCCGUCCGUAAAAGCAAAGUCACUUGCUACGAGAACGUAGAAAUCCUGCUCAACUACGCGAGUGCUUUGAUUCGCAAUAGGCUUUGCGACACCUCGGAAAUCAUCGUGUUUGUGGACAACCAUUCAUUCCUCCCGACAAACCACCCAAACAAAAUCAAGGGUGGUGCUGCAGACGUUCUUGGCGUACUAGAGAGCGUCCUCAAGAAACUUCAGGAGGACGAGCGCAAUCGAAUCCCCUGGCAUCUCAUCUUGACGGCGGUCAAGGAGAAGACAGCUGUCGACGCGAAGGUUGGUCCGGCACAGUGCGGCGCCUAUCUUGGAUACGCCAAUCAGGCACGCCCCGACAUGGUGGGCAUGUACGGCCUCUCCGUGUCGCCUCGGGGCUUCCAGAUCCAGUACAGCUGCCCCGCUGGGCUUGCUACGUCAGAAGAGUUCAAUUGGACUGCACAACUCGGCGGAGUUUUGGCGUAUAUCUGCACGCUGUAUCUUCCCCGCACUGACUUCGCGCCGAGAGAUACUACGAUCUCGCUCGCUACUGGUCGUGACAUCCUCGGGCCUCCCCUCUGGGACAUCGAUGUCGGCGACAAGAUUUAUCGCAACUGCAAGGUCCAAUUCGUCGGGCAACCAUGGACGAGAAUGACAUGGGUUGCGGAAGCUGAAGCUGACGACAAGGAUGGCCCUACUGUGAUCAAAGACUCGUACCGGGACGUGCGGACGCCCUUCAAGGAGGGGGAUAUGUACGAGAUUCUUCACAAGGAAGGUUCUGCCCCCGGAUUUGCCGCUAUCGAUCGCGAGUACGAAGUCAAGUACAAGGAUACCCCCAUCACUGUCUCAGUGAAGAAACUCACGAGGAUUAAGACACGGUUGAUCAUGAAGACCAGUGGGUUACCUUUGACGAAAUGCAGGAAUAUCGUCGAUUUCUUCAAGGGAAUGUACGACAUCCUGGAAGCCCAUCGUUGGAUGGUUGCCGAACGCAAGCUGCUUCAUCGUGACAUCAGUCAUGGCAACAUCGUGGUCGAAGCUAAGGACGCUUGGAAGAUUAAAAAGUUCGAGGGUAAGAAGCCACCGAUAUUCAUCGACGAAGUCCUCCACGGCAAACAUGCGCCACCUAUGGCUCGAUUACUCGACAUGGACAACUGCGCCAACCUCGACAGAAGAAAAAUGAAGUCGAAAGGGGGCAAAGGGGACGACGAGCCACUGCGAUGUCGUACUGGGACACCGAAGUUUAUUGCUCGAUCUGUUGCGGCUGGAAGGAUUCUCGACAAUUUCAGCGUCAUGCCUAUGCCCAAGCUACAACCAGAAAUCGCAGCGGCUUACGAGGAAGUUCACCGCAACGACUCUUCCAAGCUACGGGAAUUAUCUGACGCCAACGGAUCUACGCACGGCAGCCGCAUUUCAUUCGAUCGACCACUGAAUAACGACAUCGACGAGGGCCAGAGACAGUUAAGCCAGAUAUGGGAUUUUAUGGCGGAACACGAGGUCGGGAACGCCGUCGACACGAGGUCCGCUCUGAUCUCUGGCAACGACUGGGCUGAGUGGCUGCACAAAGAUCUUUCCUUCAUCAGCAAAUUGAUGACCGACCUUACCCGCCAAAUUCGACCUGAAUGGGCGCUGCUGGACCCCGCGCCUGAACCGCUCCAUCUCCACGAAGCAAUGCAACGUCUAAUUCUGCAAUACGUUCAUGACUGGGAAAAGAACCACCUAAAUGUCGAGCUUGACACCGUCUCAUGCCGAACAUUCACUCCCGUUGAGCGAAAACCGAUGGCACCCAAGUCUAAACACCCCCUCAUUGGUCAAAUUAUCACCUCGAGCACACUUGGUAAGCGAGACUCCAACUCCGCCGCUCCACUAGCGCAAUCGGGGUCGAAGCGAUUGCGCAAGACCGGCGACGAUGAGCCUCUAGACGCGGAAUUGGCUGAGCUACAACAGGCCUGGAUUGACUCGCAGUCUACGCCUGUGGGCUCUGAGCCUUUGGAAUACGCGGCUGAGGACGAGGACGAAGAUACCUCAGAGUGA